GAAGAUACGGCGGGGGAGAGGGUUUCGACCAGCAUUAGCACAGUAGACAUUCUUAUCCAGAAAACAAGGGAAAACCCUGUUUUCAUGGUUUUGCUUGUAAAUUGUAUGCAAAGUCUUUCGUGUCUUUCAAACUCUAUUAGUCCGAUCCUUUCAUUAACACGAAGGCUUCACAUUAAGCCCCCAAUAAAUCCCCAGGGACUCUAA